GCCAGUCAUUCGGUCAGAACUCGAGCAGGCUGUCAGUCGUGUGUGUACUGUGUACUGCUUUCCAUCAAUUGAAAAUCUGAGUUCGUUUUCGGGCUGCGCAUAGACAUCGAUCGCUCAUUCCUGGUUUAGUCGGGGAAAUGAAUUUCAUUUAAAAAGUUCUUCGGUCAGUACGGAAUUCGUUUUCAGAACAAAGGGAGGGCGCUAUUCCUGGUCCCAGCUACGCGAGCAAUGACAUCGGAUAGCAGCAAAGACGCUGCCUAGAAAUAUCAAGAUGCAAACUGCUAGCAGCCUUAAGGGCAGCACAAACUCCCAAAACAGUUCCCUUCAAUACAGCAGCGACAUCAACGCCAUAAGCCUCGAGCCCGAUCAUUCGGAGGACUUUCAGUCAGUCAAUGGACUCAAGUAUUUGCCAUCCUGGCCAGCGGUAAAUUUGCAGUUUACGGAACUGAGCUAUGACGUGCUCGACCAGAACAAUGCUUCAAAGACAAAGACGAUUUUGCGGGGAGUCAACGGGAUGUUUCACGCCCACGAACUUACGGCUAUAAUGGGACCUUCAGGAAGUGGUAAAACCACACUGCUGAACCUUUUGGCAGGUUUUGGCGCCGUCAGCAGUUCCGGCGAGAUUUUGGUCAACAACAGUCCACGGGAUAUGAGAGUCUUCCGCAAAAUGUCCCGGUACAUAAUGCAGACAGAUGUUCUGGAUCCGCAGUUUUCGGUACACGAAAUGAUGCUUUUGGCGGCAAACCUGAAGUUGGGGAAUGAACUCAAUCUUAAGCAAAAACUCGAAUUGAUUGACGAAAUUUUGGGAAUGCUGCGCCUAAAAGGAUCCCAAAACACCAUGGCCCCUAAGCUCUCGGGCGGUGAGCGAAAGCGUUUAUGCAUUGCCCUCGAGCUGGUCAACAACCCGCCUGUCAUCUUUCUAGACGAACCCACGACCGGCCUGGAUGAUUUGUCGAGCUCUCAGUGCAUUGCCCUACUGAAAAUGUUGGCCGCCGGAGGACGCACUGUGAUCUGCUCAAUCCACACGCCAUCCGCUAAGAUCUUUGAGAUGCUCGACGCAGUCUACGUCCUCGCAGAGGGCCAGUGCAUCUACCAAGGAAGAGGCUCCAAUAUUGUUCCCUACAUGGAAUACCUGGGGCUACGCUGUCCAAUAACCUACAACCCGGCAGACUUCAUCAUCGAAGUGGCAUGCCUCGAGUACGGAGAUUCCUAUCACGAGCCAAUGGUAGAGGCCGUUGGGAACGGCAAGGUUGCGCGAUGGACUCCUCCUUCAGAGGACGGAAAAGUGACACCCACCAAAACCGACACCACAUCGGGAGCGUCGUCGUACUACGAAAUGGACCAGUUUGAAGAGGAGAUCAGCCCAAAGCUUUUGCAAGCCAAGUGUAGCUGGUGGAUGCAGUACAAAUUGCUAUUAAUACGAAUGCUGAUCCAAAUGUGGAGGGACAAGUCGUACAUCAAGCUGAAGUUCUACAUGAACAUCGUUCUGGCGUUACUGGUGGGGUCACUCUACUUUGGAAUGGGUACCUCGGCCUCUAAAGCGCUUUUCAAUUUCGGUUUCAUGUUCACUAUUGUGAUAGCAUACCUGUACCUGCCUAUGAUGCCAGUGCUCCUCUACUUUCCCACGGAAAUAAAUCUGUUGAAGAGGGAGUAUAACAACCAGUGGUACCGUCUAAGCUCCUAUUACGCUGCAAUGAUUUCGUCGAAGCUGCCAUCAAUGUUCAUUCUAGCAGUUAUAUACCUAUCCAUUGUGUACUUAAUGUCCAGCCAACCUCUUGAAUGGUUCCGCUUUGCAAUGUUGUUUACAAUAGCUUUUGUUACUGCCUUAACUUCGGACAGCUUUGGCUUGUUGAUCUCCAGUAGAUUAAGCUUGGUGAAUGCAAUGUUCAUGGGGCCAGUGCUAGCCGUGCCUCUGAUUCUGCUUUCUAUAUACGGCAUAGGGUACGGCGGAGGAACCUACAUAUCACCCCUUAUGAGGUUUCUGAUGCAUCUUAGCUACCUUCGCCAUGGUAUGGAAGGCUUAGUCGCGUCCCUGUAUGACUACGGGCGCGCCGACACAAUUUGCGAGGACACGGAAAUAUUUUGUUCCUUCAAAAAGUCCAAGGUCCUUCUAGCCUUCCUUGGUUUUGAGCACAUGCACUAUUUGUGGUCUCUCACCUGCUUGAUUGGCUUCUAUUUGCUUUUCACUGUUGCAGCGUAUAUUAUGAUAAGACAACGGCUGAAAAAAUCAUCAGUCAACCCGAUUUUCGCAUACGUCCUACAGCUGUUAACUAAAUAUUUUAACUUUACUUCGUACAACUAUUAA